UCUCCAAGCGCGUCCGCUAGAGACAAGCUGUUUUUCCCAAACCUCGGCCAAAUUUGAUAAUCGAAGACCAUUCUUUUCUCUCUUUCCCACUCCCCCUCCCCUAAUUUCAACAAGCCUCUCCUCUCUUGUUUUACGCGUUUACUUCUUCCGUCAUGUUCACAGUUCUCCGCAGCCGGCCAGUUGCGGCGCUCAGAGCUGCCACGGGCUCAUCUUCGCGCAUUGCUCAGCAGCAAAGAAACCUCUCCAUCCAUGAAUACCUUUCCGCCAACCUGCUGAAAUCAUAUGGUGUGGGUGUGCCCAAGGGUGAAGUCGCUCGGUCGGCAGAGGAGGCUGAGAAGGUCGCCAAGUCACUCGGUAACGAUGACAUGGUUAUCAAGGCUCAGGUCCUUGCCGGUGGUCGUGGCAAGGGUCACUUUGAUAACGGCCUCAAGGGAGGUGUGCGCGUGAUCUACUCUCCCACCGAGGCCAAGAUGUUUGCUGGUCAAAUGAUUGGACACAAGCUCAUCACCAAGCAGACUGGCGCCGGCGGUCGUCUUUGCAACGCCGUUUUCAUUGUCGAGCGCAAGUUCGCUCGUCGCGAAUUCUACCUUGCUGUCCUCAUGGACCGCAAGACUCAAGGUCCUGUCAUCGUUGCUUCGUCGCAGGGUGGUAUGGACAUCGAGGCUGUCGCCAAGGAAAACCCCGAUGCCAUUAUCACGACUCCUAUUGAUAUCAAUGUCGGCGUGACGGAUGCCAUCGCCACCAAGAUUGCCAAUGAGCUCGGUUUCUCCGAGCAAUGCGUUGAUGACGCCAAGAAGACCAUUCAGAACCUUUACAAGGCCUUUAUGGAGACCGAUGCUACUCAGAUUGAAAUCAACCCUCUGUCUGAGACUUCAGACCACCAGGUUUUGGCCAUGGACGCCAAGUUGGGCUUCGACGACAACGCCGAAUUCCGUCAGAAGGAAAUUUUCUCAUGGAGGGACACCACGCAGGAGGACGCUGACGAGGUCAAGGCCGCUGAGCACGGCCUGAACUUUAUUAAACUUGAUGGUGACAUUGGUUGCUUGGUCAACGGUGCUGGUCUCGCCAUGGCCACCAUGGAUAUCAUCAAGCUUAACGGUGGCAGCCCUGCCAACUUCCUUGAUGUCGGAGGCGGUGCCACCCCUGCUGCCAUUAAGUCGGCGUUCGAGCUCAUCACAAGCGACCCCAAGGUUUCGGCUAUCUUUGUCAACAUCUUCGGUGGUAUCGUCCGCUGCGACGCCAUCGCGCAGGGCUUGAUCAACGUUGUUCAGGAGAUGGGCCUGCGCACUCCUAUCGUAGCCCGGUUACAGGGAACCAACAUGGAGCAGGCUCACAAGCUGAUCAAUGAAUCCGGCCUCAAGAUCUUCUCUAUUGAGGACCUCCAGAGCGCUGCGGAGAAGUCCGUUCAGUUCUCCAAGGUUGUCAAGAUGGCCCGCGAAAUCGACGUGGGCGUUGAAUUUACUCUCGGUAUCUAAGCUCCGUUCGAAUCCCUUUCAACCAUCCGGUGCCUCCUUUGUUCGUUUUUUUUUUUUUCUCUUUCUCUGGUGAAUUAGGUAUUCGCUGAAUCGAUUGGAAAGGGAUGCGCAGAGGAGGGAUGGUGUGUUUGUAAUUGUCAAGUGUGACGCUAACAGAAUCCCACUGCCCACAGACUAGUCGUGUCCAGUUAUACCAAACAGUGGGCGGAUAGGUGUAUCGGGGGUGGAAUAAUCUGAGGAAAGGUUAGGAGAAUCUGUAAUAGAGAGCUUUCCAGUUAUUUUUGUACAUCCUUCUUUUGUGGGUUGGUUUCCUAUUGUCAAUGCUUUUUAUGUCUUAGACUUCAAUCCCUCCUUAAUCUGCAUAUGAAAUGUUUAGAACUUCAACAAGUU